AUGGCAUUGGCCACAGGAAACCAGAUUCUCUCCUGCAGUCAGAGCAAACUGAAUAAAACAAGAGGUCAAACUCUCCAACCUCCUGUGGCCAAUGCCAUCUAUAUAGACCAGCAACUACAGGAACUGGUAAUUGGACAGAAAUCAUUUGGCAUAACUCUGCUAACCCCAGGCAUCAACACUCAUUGGCUCUCAUCCAUGCCAGAGGAUGACAUCAUGCCCACACACCUCAAAUCCAGGAAAUGGGAGUCAUUCCCGGCUGCAUCUGAGAAGAAGACUCCAGGACCCCUGGGGACUACCCUUGGUUGUAGUCUUGAGUUGAAGGAAAAACUGCCAAAGUCUAGUUCCAUCCGCAUGCAUCCGGUUUUGGAGUGCCCUGAUGUGCUGCUUGUGCGUCAGAUUACCCAGCAUCCACCUGUUACUGAAGAACUGCGCAGGAACCUGCAAGACAAAGUCAAGACGUAUUUGGAGCAGCUGCUGCAGAGAGAGAAUCAGUGGGAGAAGAUGGAGCUGAAGGACCCUCAUACAGCAGAGGAGAAAGUUCAUCAGAACCAUUUACUGCAGUUUGUACUGUCCCUGCCUGAUGCUGUAGAUCCUCCAGUUGCAAUGGAGAUAAGGCCUCUGUGUCACGGGUGCGUACUGGACAGAGGACUCAGAUGCAGAGUAAAGAAAAAGGAGAAGCUUUAUUCUCGCCACAAAACACAAAAUAACAUAAACAAUAAUGAAAUGCUCUGGCGCACACAGAGAUUUCCGAGCUGGCCGGCACACUGCGGACCACUCGCGCUGCCGGAUCUCCGAAUUACGGAUCCUUUGACACAAGAACAGAAGGUGAAACUGAUACUGAGAAUCAUGCAAAACAUGGGCAAAGACAAAACAAUCUACUCACGACCACAGACAGAAAAGCAGAGACAUAUAAGGGAGUGGGGGAACGAGCGACAGGUGGGGAAGAAUCAGCUCGUGAUCUGCACAACCCCGCCAUGAUCAGCGCUGAUUGCCCAGACCACGAGCUACUGAACAGACAGGACAACACAGACCACAGGGGAAGCUGAGACGGCACCCUGCACCGUGACACUCUGUCAGUUUUUGUUUCCUGUGGCAGCUAAUGUGGCUUCUCUAUACUCAAGCAGCGUGAGCAGUUCUAAAUACCCACAAGCUACAGGAAAAGAGAGAAGAGAAAGUUACCAAGUGUGUCAAUAAAAAUAAGCAAAAGUCACUGUGGAAAAACAGGAUUAAUCAGCACAGGCAAGAACUCCAGGAGCAGAGAAGACACAGAAACGGACUCAGACACCAUAUCGUUACGCCAUACUUUCACCCUGAGCUGAAGGAAAUGCCACUCUUUACACAUGAGGCUAGUACAACCACCUGAAUAUUUCUUGAGAGCUUAAUAGCAACCAGUUUGUCUGCAUUGUUUAUUUAGAUCAAAGAUUCCUAAACAUUUUUAUCAGUCAAACCCUAAAAUAUUUGCUUUAAUAUUUACCUUCAAAAAUGUUACGCAUUUGCAUUUUCAUGAUUCUUGUAUGUUAGUAAAUUGCCA